UUUUAUUGAAAGAUAAAUUGGCUUAAAUUUUUUAUACGUAUAAUUUUUCAAUCUUGGAAAAAUUUUUCCUUUAAAAAUGUUUUUCCGAACUACUUUUUCCCCAGAACUAUCGGCUACAGUCAAAUUGUUAUAAAAGCAAAUUUGUUUCGGAGUUGAAAUAUGGUAUAAAAUCGCCAAGAGUCCUUAAUUGUGAAAAUAUUGCAAACUUUUAAAACAACACUGUUUUUUUUUUGUUUUCAUUUUAUAUUCGUCAAUUAAGUUUUCUAAUUAAAUUUUUAUAUGGUUUUUAUAUAUUUUAACAAUUCUAAUUAAACAUGUCUUCAGCCACAUCCUGCCGUUUAUGUAGCUUUAGCUGUGAAGGGUUUAAAAAUUUAUAUGAAGAUAAUGGUCAGAAAAGUGAAGUUUAUGAAGUUGCAGUCAAAUAUUUUAAUUCAUUGCUCUUGAAUUCUGGUGCAGAAACUUCUACUCCAAGCGUUAUUUGUUUAGAUUGCUGGCAACAUAUUAGCGAUUUUCAUAGCUUUCAACAAUGGAUCCUCAAUGCUCAAAUAGAACAAGAAGAUGUAAAACUGGUUGUACAUGAAGAUGAACAAUCAGUUUUAGAAACCGAUGAUCUAAUGUCAUCUAUUGAUAUUAUUGAAUUUGAUAUAACUGAUACAAGGAGUAAAACAAAAUCAAAUGGUUCAUUCAAAUCAGAUGACAUAGAGUAUAAAGGAGAAUUUUAUAGUAAAGAUGAUGACGAUACUAUUAUAGCUAAACUAAAGGGAAUGUUGGAAUGUUAUAAAUGCAAGGAUCUAUUUUCAAGUUUUUCUACGCUAGAAAUACAUUUUGAACAAUUGCACCCGCUGGAACAAUCUUGUGUCGUUUGUUGUGGAGAAAUAUUUGAUGUAAAAUGGAGGCUUGUUGAACACCUCGUUGUUGCUCAUAAUAAAAUUGAUGUAAAUCCUUUUAAAUGUGGAACGUGUAGUGCAUCAUUUUCACAAUAUGGCAACUUAAGGAGACAUGUACGUAAAAAACAUGCAGUUCAACCAUUACUGAAAUGGACCUGCAGAUAUUGCAACAAACUGUUUAGAAAUCAUUUACAUUUAGAAAGACACAAACAUAAAAUACAUGCUUCGCAGGAAAAGAAAGAUUUUCCAAAAAAAUUGUCACAAACUGUUAAUAAAAUUAAAAAACGAAAAUAUUCAGAAGAUUAUGAUGUAGAUUGUGAACCGGAGAAAAUUUCCUUAGUCAAUACGGAGACAAAAGAAAAUCAGAUGUAUAUAAAAGAAGAAACAAUUGAUAUUAAGCAUAUUGAAAUAAAUUUGCCCUCAACUUCAAUUGACUUUAAUUCCACUGUUCAAAUACAAAUGCCUGCUUUAGAUAUAAUUGAUGUAAAAAAGGAAAAUUUAACGGAUAGUGAAAUUGAAGAAGAUUCAAUUAAUAAGAAAUCUUAUUCCAACAUAAAAGAAGAACCAAAUUUACCAUCGACAAAGUUUAAGAGCAAUUUAAAAUGUCCCAAAUGUAAUAUAACUGUAAAAAGUUACGACCAGUUAAAUGGCCAUUUCAAUAUACAACAUCCGGAAGAACGUUGUUAUAUUAAUUGUUGUGACAUUACUUUAUACGAGCAAGCUAGCAUAGUUGAGCAUUUGCAAUUUCAUGAAAAUCCUAAAAGGUUUAAGUGCAACGAUUGUGGCAAAUGUUUUAAGAAUAGCAAAGGUUUGGCUUCCCAUAAGCUGCAAGUUCAUGCUGAUAAUAGAAGUGUUUAUCAUUUACAUUUUUGUUAUUGCAAAAGAGCUAAAGAGCUUCAAAAAGAAAAUAAACAGCAACAAAUCGGAUACGACACCUCGGUUUGUUGUCAACGUAAAAAGAAAAUUUUAGAAGAUGAUGCUCUCAUUGCAAAGUGGAAAAAAGUUUUAAUUUGCGAAAUUUGUAAAACUACUUUCCCCUACUACUCUUUGAUGCGGAUGCAUUUCUAUCAUAAUCAUCCGGGAGAAAAGUGUUACAUAUCAUGUUGUCAACGCAAGAUAUCUCGAAUUUCUGAUGCUUUAGAUCACAUACGCUCUCAUUUGGACCCGAAUGUAUAUCGCUGUAAAAUAUGCAAUACAAUCUGCUCCAGCAAAAGCUGCUUAGCGAAACAUAUGCGUAAUGCCCACAACGAUUACUUGCCAAAACAUAAAUGGGCUUGUGAUGAGUGUGAUAAAACGUUUGAAAUACGUCAAAUAUUAACAAGACAUAAAAAUAGUUUCCAUUCCAAACAAGUUUAAUUUUAAUAUAAUACAUAUUAUGUAAUCAAUUAAACAACUGUAUAUAUUAAUGUUUACCUCCAAUUUUUUUUAAAUUUUAUUUUCCGAAUUUAUAUUAUAUGAAUUAUAUUACUGAUUUAAGAAAUAAUAAGAUGUUUUAGUCUUAAAAAUUACUUAUGAACAACUGAAUUAAAGAAACAAUUGAAAAAAGGAAAUAAAUGAACCUGUGCAUUCUAU